CCGCCGGCAGUGGGGGCUGCACCUGGGUACCGCGGUGGGAAAUCCGGGCGCCGGGCCGCGAGGCUGCGGGGGAUGGAAGAGGGCCGUGCAGAGAGGCGACGGAGGACGGAAGCUCCUUCACACCCGCAGGGUGGUACUAGAAGGGCAGGUGUCAUGACUGACGUCCACCGGCGAUUCCUCCAGUUGUUGAUGACUCACGGAGUGCUGGAGGAGUGGGACGUUCGGCGCCUGCAGAAGCACUGCUAUCGGGUCCAUGACCGCACUGCCACCGUGGAGGAGCUGGAGGACUUUAUCAACAACAUUAACAGUGUCUUGGGGUCCUUGUAUAUUGAGAUAAAGAAAGGAGCCACCGAAGACGACGGGAGACCCGUUUACGCGCUGGUGAAUCUGGCGACCACUUCUGUUUCCAAAAUGGCCUCAGAUUUUGCAGAGAAUGAGCUGGAUCUGUUCAGAAAGGCUUUGGAACUGAUUAUUGACUCAGAAACUGGCUUUGCAUCUUCCACAAAUAUUUUGAACCUGGUUGAUCAACUUAAAGGCAAGAAGAUGAGGAAGAAGGAAGCAGAGCAGGUGUUGCAGAAGUUUGUACAGAACAAAUGGCUGAUCGAGAAGGAAGGGGAGUUCACCCUGCACAGCCGGGCCAUCCUGGAGAUGGAGCAGUACAUCCGGGAGAUGUACCCCGACGCCGUGAAAAUCUGCAACAUCUGCCACAGCCUCCUCAUCCAGGGUCAAAGCUGCGAGACGUGUGGCAUCAGGAUGCACUUACCUUGCACGGCAAAGUAUUUUCAGUCCAGUCCCGAGCCUCGCUGUCCCCACUGUAAUGACUACUGGCCCCACGAGAUACCAGAGGUCUUCGAUCCCGAGAAGGAGCGGGAGGCUGGUACCUCCAGGGCCAACAAGAGAUCUCUGCGGUCCAGGCAGCACUAGCUGGUGCGCUGGUAUGGGGCUCGCUGCCUUCGGGGACAGCCGGCGGGCCCUGUUUGGGAGGCAGUGCUUCACGUUGUACCUGAACCCCCGUCUGCUUUGUGGUCGCUCAUGAGGUUUGGAAUAAACAUUACUAAGGA